UUGAAAUUAUCUGUGGAUCAGAGUGCAGCAGGCUGGAUGUGACGAUGGGGCACUCUUUGCUCUGCAUGAUGGGCUUUUUCUCUCCUCCUAAGCCCACUGUGACCCUGCAGCCAUCCUGGACUCAGAUAUACAGCGGUGAGACAGUCACUGUCAGAUGUGAGAUUCAGGGAGGUGAAGGAGCUCAGUGGACGUAUGAAUGGAGACGAGGCCUGGUUAACAUACGUCAGUCAUCCAAUGAAUACAGAAUCACAGUUACUGAGUCUGACAGUGGAGGAUACAUCUGCCGGGGCAGAAGGGACUAUUUCUUCACAGAGUGGAGUGAUAUCAUCACACUGACUGUAUCAUCGAAACCAAAGGCUGAACUGAGAGCUGAUAGGACAGCUGUUCCAGUAGGAGGCAGUGUGACCCUGACCUGCUCUGUGAGCCCAUCAUCAUCAUCAUCAUCAUCAUCAUCGUCAUCAUCAUCAUCUGGAUGGAAAUACUACUGGUACAGAGAUGGGAAAUCUUUUCAACCUGUUACAAAUGGACAAAUCAGUGUCUCAGAGGGAGGACUCUACAGCUGCAGAGGAGGAAGAGGAGAACCAGUUUACUACACAGAGGACAGUGAGUCAGUCAGGAUUGACACAACUGAUAAACCCCGUCCUGUCCUCACUGUGUCUCCAUCAUGGCUGAGUCCUGGAGCCUCAGUAACUCUGAACUGUGAGGUUGAACAUCCAUCUGCAGGAUGGAGCUUCUACUGGUAUAAAGCUGUUCCUGAUCUGAAAACAUACAACUAUAAAUCCUACAGUUAUGAGCUGCUACCUGAUGGCAGUGGGACUGCACAGGACUCCUACAUCAUUCAUGGACAGACACACACAGCAGGAUAUGUGUGCAGAGCUGGAAGAGGAGACCCAGAGUAUCACACUGAUCACAGUCAACCAAAGUUUGUCUGGUCUGCAGAUGUUCAUUCAGCAGCGUCUCUCACAGUGAGUCCUGACAGAGUGCAACACUUCACCUUUGACUCUGUCUCACUGACCUGUGAGGGAAACUUCACUGAGUGGAGAGUGAGGAAGUUCUCUGAGGACGGCCGACUCUCUGACUGUAGGAGAAUGACUGGAUCCACAUGUAACAUCUACACAUCAAAGUCAGAUACUGGAGUGUACUGGUGUGAGUCUGGAUCAGGAGAGUUCAGCAGUGCAGUCAACAUCACUGUACAGAAUGAUGGUAAUGGUCCUAUCCUGGUGAGUCCUGUUCAUCCUGUGACUGAGGGAGCUUCUGUUAGUCUGAGCUGCAGUUUGAAAACACAAAAAAUACUCUCCAAUGUGUUUUUCUAUCACAAUGACAAACUUAUUCAAAAUGAUACCCAAGGGGAGCUGAAGAUCUCUGCAGUGUCAAAGUCUGAUGAAGGUUUCUACAAGUGUCAGUACUCAGGAAGAGAGUCAGCACAGAGCUGGAUGUCAGUUAAAGUCACUGUGUCAGGAGCUGACAGCUCUUCAUCUUCUGUGUGGUUGAUGGUUGGACUGGUUUGUGGAGUCUCUCUCAUUAUUAUUCUCCUGCUCUUGUUGUAUCGCUGCAGACAGUCCAAGUAUUCCUGCUUCACCAGGUCGAUCCAGUCUGAGAGUCACAGUCCGGGCUCCUCCACAAAUCAUGGAGUCAACCAGGAUGAAACUCAUGUGUACGACUCUCCUCAACAUGGUACUGCUGACACCUAUGAAUCAGUCACACAAGUGACAAACAGAAAUGAUUCCUGCUUCACCAGGUCGAUCCAGUCUGAGAGUCACAGUCCGGGCUCCUCCACAAAUCAUGGAGUCAACCAGGAUGAAACUCAUGUGUACGGCUCUCUUCAACAUGGUACUGCUGACGUCUAUGAAUCAGUCACACAAGUGACAAACAGAAAUGAUUCCUGCUUCACCAGGUCGAUCCAGUCUGAGAGUCACAGUCCGGGCUCCUCCACAAAUCAUGGAGUCAACCAGGAUGAAACUCAUGUGUACGGCUCUCUUCAACAUGGUACUGCUGACGUCUAUGAAUCAGUCACACAAGUGAAAAACAGAAAUGAUUCCUGCUUCACCAGGUCGAUCCAGUCUGAGAGUCACAGUCCGGGCUCCUCCACAAAUCAUGGAGUCAACCAGGAUGAAACUCAUGAAUACAACUCUCCUCAUCCUGGAGCAGAUGACCCCAGAGAUGUCACAUACUCUCUUAUUGACCUUAAAACCCUUGGAAAGAAGAGGAAGCAUCAUAAACCAGAGCAGAGUGCUGUUUACUCUGAGGUGAAGACGGGAGCUGCAGAGGACAGUCUGAUGUAUGCUGAGGUCAAACGCCCCAAAAAAGAAAAAGCCAAGAAGAAAGCAGGAAAAUCAAGUCCUGCAGCUGAUGCAGCAGUUUAUUCUGAAGUCACAUUAGGAAGCUUUCCUGGUCAGUGAGGAGAGCUGCAGCAGCAAAGCCAAGAAGAAGCUUUUUAUGAAUCCACUGUUGCUCCUUUGCUGCCCAAAUAUCAGACACGCUCAGUCUUUAGUGUUUAUGAAGAUGAUAUUGAAUGAUAAUGUGAUAUAGACUUGGUACUGUCUUUUAGCAUAAAGCACACAGAGAUGUGUCCUGUUUCAAAUCCAUGCUCUUUAUAUUCAGCUGAUAUGUUUUAUAUUCAUUGUUGAGCUUCUGGAUCAAAUUUGAAUGUAUCCUGUUCCAACAGCAGUGA